CGCCCUCUCUCCCUCUCUAUCUCCCGCGCCCUCUCUCCCUCUCUCUCUCCCGCGCCCUCUGUCCGUUUCUCCCCCGCUCUGACCACAUCCACUAAAGUCCCUCCACAGGCACGCAGUUUGCAGAGUGUUGGAGGCGUGUAGUGCUGACACUUUCCCCCAGCCCUCCAGUCCUGCUCUGGCCUGGCUCCAGCUACAGCCUGGCUCUCUGGUUCUGAUCAGACGGGCCCCCGCGCUCCAGUCCCUGGGGGGUCCAACUCUCCCACUCCACCCCCUCCAGAACACAAAGAGAGAGGGGGCCAGCUAAACUCUUGUCCUCCCACCACAGUUGUUUCCAAACCAACAGGAAUUUGGCUACCAGUUCCUUUAAUGUUUUCAAGAUGACUCUGACUGUUCUGAGGAAAUCCCCCCAUUUUAGUAGCCAUUUGAAAUUCCUUUUUGUUUUUAUUGCGAGGAAGUACGCACCGAGUUCCUCAGUCGGCUCCCAGGCUUCGUUCUGUGCAGUCUGUCAGUCAGUCUCUCUCUCUCUAGUGACUUUUCCAGGGUUGAGUUGCCGGGUUCAACUGUUUGUCUGGGAGUAUUUCUGCAGUCUGGUUAGUUUCAGUGUUCGUCUGGGUUCCUGUAUUACUGUGACAUGGUAUUACUGUGAUAGGACACGUCUGUUGUUCUGAAAUCAACUGAAGGACAGGAUUGGAAUAUUCCACUGACAAGAGAGCAAAGAGUCUGCUGCCACUAACAGUAUGUUCUUACUGGGUAGUGGUCUGAUGGGGAACUCCUCUGCCUCCUUCAUGGGUACGUUCCUGGCCAGCAGUCUGGGCUCGUCCUCCCACCCCUCUCACCCCUCCCGGCCCCCCUCCUCACCCUCUUCACCCGGAUCCUUCCGUGGUGGGCCCCACUCCAGCGCCUCUCAGAUCUGGUUCCCUCACUCACACGAAGCAGCCCCGGGGUAUCCUCGAUUCUCAGGGAGUCUCGCCCACACCUUCCUUCCCAUGAGCCACUUGGAUCACCAUGCCAACAGCGGUGUCCUGUACGGGCAGCACCGUUUCUACGACACCCAAAAAGAGAACUUCUAUCUAAGAAGCCUUCCGUCCCAGCCCCCUCUCAUCUCAGCCAAUCACGGUCUUCCGCCCAUCUCCAGGGCGGGGCCGGGACACCCUCAGGGCUCCUGCAGUCGAGACAUGGACCCAGGGGGCGGAGUCAGCCUACACAAGGGCCUGAAGGAGGGGUCCAUCGAGAGAGGGGUGGUCCCCAGCACCAAGGACAAGGAGAGGCCCAGCAGCAAACAGGAGGCCAAGGAGCGUCAGCAACACCACAGCCACCACCCCCAACCCUCACAUCCACACCACCACCACCCACACCCCGGCCACACACAGCCCCACCCCCACCAGCAGCACCCCCAGUACCCCCAGCACCCGGUCUCCCUGGAGGAGGUCAAUAGCAGAGCUCUGGAGAGGCACAUGGAGCACCAACAGACCCUAGGAAUGACCAGAACCCUCAGCGCCUGCCUGCUCAAUGGAAAGAUGCAGAACGGGGGGGACUCUGGGACGGGGGGAGCCAAGGCUUCCAUGACUAGCUAUGGGGGGGAGGUGGUGGGGAGCAGGGGGGCUCAGACACAGGCCAGCCACAGACACAUGGAGGGUGGGGGGAACAUCCGCUGCACCAAGGAAGGGGUGAGCGGCGAGAUGAGGAUCAGCGAGCAGCCUUCGGACUGUCUGGAGGGGAGGGGCCAGAUGCUCCACCACGCCCUUCCCUACUCUGUGGCGCCGCCCCUGCAAAUGGGUUCAGCCGCUGGGGGAGGCCACCCCCACCUCCACCCCCACCACCACCCUCACCCGCAUCCGGGGGGGUUCCACUGCCUUCAGCUCCACCCCAGCCAUCCCCACCACCCCCACACACACCACCACCCGGACUUCUUCUGCCCGCCUCCACCUGCCCCUCUAACCAACCCCUCGCCGCACGAGAGGGGAGGGGGAGGGGGGCGAGACCCCAAAGUGACAGGGCCCACGUUCAUACCAUCUGUAGGGGGAGGACACCUGGGGGACAAGUCCAGCGGGCAACCCUUCCAGAUGGGCACCCCACCUGACUGCCAGGGGUUGGUGGGUGGGGGCGGCAGUGCCAAGGACAAGGCCAUGGAGAAGAGUAACUGGCACAGGAAACAGCAGCAGCAGCUGUACAGAAAGGCUGAGAAGACCCCGGACUGGAUGCAGCAGCAGAGUCACCACCCCCAACAACCCCAUCCCCAACAACCCCUUCCCCAGCAGCCCCAGCCCCAACAGCCCCAGCCCCAACAAACCCAGCCCCAACAGCCCCAGACACAACAACCCCAGCCCCAACAACCCCUUCCCCAGCAGCCCCAGCCCCAGCAGCACCAAGCCGUGCGUUCUCGCAGCGUCGAAUGCAUCAAUAGUGUGGGAGUGGACACCACCGAUGUGUUCCGGCCCUCUCUUCCCCAGGGCGCCAAGGCCGGACACUCCCUCCCCCACUCAGUCAACACCUCCCCCUACAGAGACUGCUCCCUCCCGGGCCCCCUGCCCAACGCCUCACCCCUGGGGGGUCGGGCAGGUGCAGGCGGUGGGAGUUGUUCCUUACAGAGAGAUGGUCAGAAGGUGGCCCGUAUUCGCCACCAGCAGCACGGUGGGCCUGGCCCGGACGCCCCAGCAGCAGAGCUGAACCAGAACAACAAACAGAACCAGGACCUGAACAGGAAGCUGGAGAUGUCCCCGUACGGCUACAGCAACAGUGGGCAGGGACAGCAGCAUCACCCCCAGCAGCCUCCGGUUCCUCCCUGGGCCAUGAGGCCUCACCACGUCCACCAUGCAGAGGAGGAGCAGCAGCGGAAGGCCUACAUGGAGUCUCUCAGUGGUGGCAGACAACAGCCCCAGCAACAACCAGGGCAAGGUAUGGGCCUCCCUCCUCAUCCUUCUCCCCAGCCCCAGCCACCUCCACCCCCAGCCCCCUCUCAGCAGCAGCAAGACCCCCAGGUCGCCUCACAGGCCCAGGAGGAGAGCAGUGCCAUGAAGAGCCUGCUGAAGUACAGCACCCAGCAGCCCCUGCUCCUCUCCCAGAAGAGUCCCUUUGGAGGCCUGGGGAGCCUCAAAUCCGCUGGUCUUGGGGGUCCUGGAGGUGGAGCCCCCGGGGUUAGCUGCACCCUGCAAGGCAGCAAACAACAACAGGCCCUGCCCACCAGGAAGGGUCCGGCCAAUGACGGCGAGCGCUCUGACUGUGGGGGGCGUGGCCGGGAGGUGGGCGAGGCGGUGGGUCACGGUGAGGGAGAGGUGCGCCAACCGCCUGUGGGCAUCGCAGUCGCCGUGGCGAGGCAGAGGGAACCGUCCUGUCGCCCGGUGGACGCCCACACCAACAGCCGGCAGGGGCGGGUGCACCCCUCCAUGAAAGGACCUCCUCGCUCCUUGUACCCCUCAGACCCUGCAGGAGAGGAGGAGAGGAAGAGGAUGAGUGGAGAGCGGAUGGGUCUGACCUGCCUGGACCGAGACAGAGAGGCCUACAUCAGGGAUAAUAAGGAUCCAGUGGACUUCACAAGGAUCCAUCCGUCCAACAGCUGUCACGGUGACAUCACCUCUCACCUCAUGGUGCCGGGUGGGACUUCCCUACAAUCUGGCCAAUUAGGAGACCCCUCUGCGCAUGCACACGCCCACUCGGCCCACCACCAUUGGCUGCCGAGCACUGGAAGUCCCUCCAUCUGGAUGACAAGCCACUCCUACGGAAUCGGCCACUCGGCCCUUCACCAGAACCUCGCCCCAGGUUUUUCUGCAGCCAUGCCGGGGUCUCUACAGCCUGUGCUGCCUCUGCCCCAGGACCCGUCUACCCAGCUGGUGGUGCUACCCACAGAGCCUGCUGCCCACCCUGUCACACAUCACCUGGAUGUGAUGGAGCAGCCUGGGCUGUGGCCUCCAGUGUACGGAGCCCGAGGGCCCUCCUCCCACAUACACCCACAACACCCCGCUGUGUACUCCCGCUCGCAGUUUCUACGGCAACAGGAGCUGUACGCUCUCCAGCAGCAUCAACAGCAUCAUCAUCUGCAGCAGCAGCAGCAUCAACACCAACAGCAACAGAGUCACCAGUCACAACCCCAGUCACACCCCCAGUCACAACCCCAGUCACACCCCCAGUCACAGCCACAGCCACAACCACAACCACAGCCCCAGCAGCACCACAGGGCAGCACAGACCAUGGAGCUUCAACACAGACCCAACCACGCCCAGGUACAGAAGAGACCAGAGUCAGUGGAGCUGGAGGAGCUGCUCUCUGAGCCACCAGGUUCUAAACCUUCCAAACCCUACUCCUCCUACCACAGAAACACCCCCACCCCGGGGGCCUGCACUGCUCACCUGUCCCCCUGCUGCCAGUCCCAGUCCCCCACCCUGCGCCCCCACCCUAAGAGCACCCCAUCCACCCCCUGCCCCGCCCCUAGCCCGGCAGCCGCCGCCCCUCGGUCUCCGGAAAUCAGUCCCGCCCCCCCACAGCUGCCAAAAGGGGCGGAGACCCAGGACAAGAGAGGAGAGGGACAGCCCCUGCAGGAUUACCCACAAUCCCUGGAGCCUGACUUGCCUCCUGGAUACACCUACCCUGCCAUCGCCAUGGGUUACAGGAGCUGCACAUCGCCCCACGAUGUCCGAUUGGCCGAGCCAGCUGACCUGGAGGCGGUCCAGGCGGAGCCUGCUGAGAAUGCUCCCCAGCCUCUCUCCAGCCUAGGGGCGGAGCUAGAGUGUCAGGCCAUGGUGAGGCCCCUCCCACACCAGGAAGUGGAGGAGGAAGAGGAGGGGCAAAAGGAAGAGGAGGUGCAGAGAGAGGAGGUGGAAGCCAGAGAAGCAGCAGGCAGCUGUGGACCUCCAGAUCAGGUGCAUAGGGAGGAGCAGGAGGAGGAGGUGUCAGUGUGUCCUCCUGCGGAGAGCCGUGUGUGUGACACCGCCUCCUGUCCCAUUCCUAUCCCCCUCUCUGAUGAGGAGAACCACAGAGAUGACCCCACCUCCACCCUGGAGGAGCAGGAGGAGGAAAAGUGCAAGGUGGAGAGAGGACAGCAGCAGGAGGUGGCAGGAGAACAGGAGGAGCAGGACUCCACCAUCAUCGACCUGGACCCUCCCUGCCCUGCCCAGCCUCACCAGGAGGCACAUACUGAGGAGGAAGAGGAGGGAGGAGAGGAGGAGAGUACUCCUAAUGAUGACAACCACUCAGUAGAGUUGGUGUGCCUCUCCCCCUCCUCUCCCUCUCUGUGCCCCAGCCAGUCUCUCAUCACCCUCUCCACCCCCCUGAAACCCAUUGUGCCUAGUUACUGGAGCCUAGAGCUGCUGAUCGCUGCAGCCUUCUGUGCCGACGUCCCUCCGUUUCCCAUGCUGGCCUCCAGCACCCUCCAGCCCCAGGCCUGUGACACCCAUCCCUGCCCCAGCCACCCCCACCACGGCAUGGAGCUGCUCAGCGAGCUGGCCGACCUGGAGCUCCAACAGCACCGACACAACACAGGAGACAGCCAAGGAGAGGAGAUGUUGAUCUUUGACCUCCAGAGUCUUGCCACCCUGGCAGCAGCCCGUGCCUUGGAGCUGGGUGCCCAGGAGGGUAGCGGGGAGGGCGCCGGGCGGCACUACCCGGCCCGCAAGACCCUCAACCUGCGCAGGAAAUACAGCUGGACACCUCGCCACGAACCGGCAUGCCCGGCCAAGGGCACCAUGGAGAGGAUGGAGGGUCCAGAGCUGGCCAUGCGGGUGAAGCUGGCAGAGCUCCAGAGGCGCUACAAAGAGAAACAGAGGGAGUUAGCCAAGCUACAGAGGAAGCAUGACCACCAGAAGGAGGAAACACCUCGCAGCCCUGCUCGUAGAGGACCGGGGCGGCCCAGGAAACGUAAAUCAACCCCCGCCGCUGGCCCAGGCUCCUCCUCUGAGACCCAGAGGAAAAUCAAGUCGUUAGGGGCGGGACUUGGCCUGUCGCCCGAGGACCUGCUGGGAGGAGGGGGUGGGGACGCCCAGAGGAAGAAGAAGAAGCUGUCCAAUCGGGGCUUUGAGCGGCUCGGCGCGGCAGAGAUAAAAGUGCAUGGCAGUAGCAGAAAGAGUGUCCUCCACGGUGUCCUCAGCUCUAAGCUGGCCCAUCAGCAGCUCAGACAGCACAAGGCCCAGGGCGGGAAGAGGACUGGGAUGGGGGCGGGACCACGGGAUAAGGAGGAGGCGGCCUCUGCGGCUAGCUCUGCCCCAAAGCACCAUGGACAUCGAGGCCAGGCCACCUCCAAAGCCGAGUCCAGACGAGUCAUCAACGAGUCCGGCGGUCAGAGUGACACAGCAGCCAGUGCAGACAGCGGCGGCCAGGAGGGCUGGACGGGGACCCCGCUGAUGAUGCGUGGGGGCAGGAGGAAAGGGAUGGGGGGAGCUCUCGGGGUCCAGGGGUCCGCACGGCUGCAGCAGCCCAGGGCCAGGGUCCUCCGAGCCAGGAGUCAGGAAGCCAUGGAGGGGGGAGAGACCUCCCCUACAGAGAGUGAAUCCUCCAACCAGGAAGACGAAGAAGAGGAAGGAAGUUAUGACAGUGACGAAGGACAAGACCUCAAAGCACAACCCUCCCGAGACGUCUCUUCAUGCUCCACUGUGACUGGUCCAUCUCCCUCGUCUGUCGUCAAGCUGGAGGCCAAUCAGAAAGCCCGGAACAAAAAAGAGAGGCAGGAGCUUUACGGUUCCCAGAGUUUGUCCGGGGCAGAGGGAGAGGUGAAGGUGAGGAAGAGGGCCCCCUGUAGGCUUGGCAUGGUCACUGCAGCCAAUAAGCACCCAGAGUAUCAGGACCAGUCAGAGGGGAUGAGGAGGGCUGGUGGACCCAGGUCCCAGGAGCCUCGCCGGGAGAGCCUAGGGACCCGGGGCAGCCUCUACCGGAGGACCAUGGGGCCGGUCACCUUCCCCACCACCAGUGAGAGGCUGAAGAGGGCCACACGCAAGAGCACCAUGCUGAGGGGACCCAUUAACAAGAGGAGAAGUUGCUGGUCAGGCGAUGUCCAAUCACCUCAGAGUGACGACAACACUGUCAGGGGGAGGAGGAUCCGAAACAAACAGCCCAAGGGCCGUGCAGUGAGCCGUCUACUAGAGAGCAUGGCGGCGGACGAGGGCUUUCAGAUGGAUGAGGAUGAUAGCAGCUUCUCAGAGGGGGAUGAGGACACUAACCCAUCAUACCCUCACAACCCCAGGAGUCCACUAGCAGCCCCCAGCUGUGUCCUGACCAGACAGCUGCUGACAGAUGGACUCAGGGUGCUGAUCUCCAAGGAGGAUGAACUUCUCUACGCAGCCCGGGUCCACACACUGGAGCUGCCAGACAUCUACAGCAUUGUUAUUGACGGGGAGAGAGGAAACCGCCCCAGAAUCUACUCACUGGAGCAACUGCUGCAGGAAGCGGUCCUGGAUGUGCGUCCAGAGACAGAGGCGGUGCUCUCUGAGGGGACGAGGGUGUGUGCCUACUGGAGCGAACGCUCUCGCUGCCUAUACCCAGGCAACAUACGCCAAGGUGGUUCAGGGGAGGAGGGGAAACAGGGAGGUGUAAUGGUGGAGUUUGAUGACGGAGACAGGGGGAGGAUCUCCCUCCUAAACAUCCGCCUCCUCCCCCCGGGCUACCAGAUCCACUGUGCGGAGUCGUCCCCUGCCCACCUGGUGUCUAGCGGCCGGGCGGCUCGGAGGAGCUUCAGUCUGGAAAAAGCCCCCCUGAGUGAGAGAGUCUUGGAGAGACAGGCCAGCACAGAGCCUGUCAGGAGACGACCAGGGAGACCCAAAGGUUCAGGGAAGAAGAAGAACCUGUCAGACAGCACCAAUAAGAACGCAGCCCCUCUGCUCAGCUGGCCGGCUGUGGCUGUCCCCAGGAAGAGGGCCUGUGAAAAUCUGUUCCAGCUCAACGGGACUCCCAGGAAGGCCCUGAGGGGGUCGAGGGAGGCACACCUGCUCCCCUUGCCCCCGGCCCCUGUCUCUGCCCCGACCAAGGGUCUGUUCAGCAGCAGCUCCUUCGAGGUUGACUCCUUCAGCAGCAUCGCUAACGGCUACUCCUCCUUCUGUAGCACCCAGCCCACCGGCAUGUCCCUGGGUUCCAGGACUGGGCCCUAUGUCCAGAGACGGAGGCCCGGCGAGGUGCCGCGGAGCAGCAGGAAGAGCAGUCAAGAGUUCCUGGUUAAACUGGAUCACGAGGGGGUGACUUCACCCAAGACGAAGAACAGCAAGGCCCUGCUGCUGCUGGGCGGUGGCUCUGGGUUCGGGGCCAAAGGCGUGGGCGGCCUCCCCAGGCCUGAGGCCUACUCCCACCCAGUCCUGCUGGUCAAGGACAACAGGAAGGGAGUUUCUGCCUCGAGGGCUGAGCUCCUCCUUAAGGGUGCCCCUCCUCCACAGAGGAAGGCUUCUCCCUCCCUGGCUAUUGGGGAGUACGGUGUCGGCGAGCUUGGUCUCAGCUGCCAUCGGGACUGCCACAGCUCCUACUCGGACCUGGACAACGAAGAGGAGGAGGAAGAGGAGGAGAGGAGGAGGAGAAGGGGGGCUGCGCUGGCCACAGCAGCCUCUGGAGGACUGAGGACGGCGGGAAGCUUUCUCUCACGCCUCUCCGUCUCAUCCUCUUCCUCUGGUUCCUCAAGUUCGUCCAGCUCAGGCUCCAUGUCCAGUUCCAGCCUGUGCUCCUCGGAUAACGACUCGUCCUACAGCUCGGAGGAUGAGGAGAGCUCCACACUGCUGCUACAGAGCUGCCUGUCCUCCCACCACGGCCUGCUGCAGUCCCCUGAGCCCCCGGCUGCAGCCGGACCCCACCAGGGCCAACAGUCCUUCGUGGCCAAGGCCGUGGCCGUAUCCAACACCAAGGGAGGAGGAGCCACCAAUGACCACAGUGCCAACAACAAGCUUCUCAAAAGGAAGGAGUGUGGCAGCUCGUCCCCCUCCAAACCCCCCAGAGACCUGGUGAAGAGGCAAAGGGUUAUCCCCGGGGAUGCAGGACCAAGACCCAAGAUGAACACGUUCCUACCGGGAAGACAGAUGUGGCGGUGGUCGGGGAACCCCACUCAGAGGCGGGGGCUGAAGGGGAAGUCCAGGAAGCUGUUCUACAAGGCCAUCGUACGGGGAAGGGACAUGGUGCGAGUGGGCGACUGUGCCAUGUUCCUCUCUGCCGGCCGGCCCCACCUCCCCUACGUGGGCCGCAUCGAGAACUUCUGGGAAUCCUGGAGCUCCAACAUGGUGGUGAAGGUCAAGUGGUUCUACCACCCAGAGGAGACCAAGUUGGGCAAGAGGCACCGCGACAGCAAGCACGCUCUGUAUCAGUCGUGCCACGAGGACGAGAAUGACGUCCAGACAAUCUCCCACAAGUGCCAGGUGGUGAGCCGCGAGGAGUAUGAGCAUAUGGCCCGCGGCCAGAAACCCAGCAGCAGCGUGCCCACCCAAGGCCUGUACUAUCUGGCAGGCACCUAUGACCCCACCAGUGGUCAACUGCUCACUGCUGAGGGGGUGGCCAUCGUCUGCUGAGCUGAGGACAUCUUGUCCUAAGGAUACUACUGAACCACCCAUCUGAUGGGAAAUGAAGGUGAAGGUCCCCGCAGCUUUGCCUGAAGGACCCCUGGUCAGACUCAGUCCGUAGGAGGGUUCCCAGAUGGGUCAGUCCUGGAGGAAAUGAAGGUCAAGUUGCCUGUGGCUUUGCCUGAAGGACCCCUGGCCUGACUCAGUCCGUAGGAGGGUUCCCAGAUGGGUCAGUCCUGGAGGAAGUGAAGGACCCCUGGCCUUAGUCAGUGCUGACUAGUGGUGGACGUCAGGGCCAAGGCAGGGCUGUCCCCUGUCUACACUGGAUAUCUCACCACACAUGGCUGCUAGACUGGGGUGUAGUUAGAAGAAGGGGAGGGGGUAGCCAUUCACAGCAGUGAACCCCAUUCUGCUCCCAUCCUCACUGGGUAACUGAAGACAAGGAUCUGGGUCCUGAACAACCACAAUCCAGAAGGUCAAUGACACCCGACUGAUUUUCCAUUGGUCCAACUUAACAUCUCUUUAGUUUAGACUGAGGAUGGCAUGUUUGAGGGACUGUUUCACUCCUCAUCUUUACACCACUCACCCAUCAUAGGUCACCAAAUUAGAGCUCAACAUAGGUUUGGAUUGGACAGCUCAAGGCACCAUUAGGUCGCUCCGGGCCAGGCCUGUGGUUGCCUCAUUUCAGCUGAGUGCGUGAGUGAGUGAGUGAGUGAGUGUGUGAGGUAUGGGAUGUACUCUCCAUAGUUCGUCUUCAUGAUUCCAGGGAUGAUAAAAUAUGUAUCAGAUAUCCAUGAUAAAGAUGUAAAUAUUUGGAAUGAUUUUUCCAGUCAAGCCAUACACUUCAGUACCUCUUGUCUCUCUUAUGGAUCAGGUGUAUACUGUACAGGUCAGUUAUCUGUUAUUUUUGUUGUUGUUGUCUAUAUGUAUAUAACAACUAUUUUAUAUACAAGUAUAUAUGAAAGGUAUCUUUCCAUGUUUUUUUAUUGAUUUAUUUUUCUAUGAGGGGUGAAUAUGGCUCUUUGUGUUUUUCUUUGGGACGAUGAGCUUAAGAUGUAAAAGUGUUGCACUACACAUGACCUGCUGAGACAGACAGACAGACAGGCACGCAGGCAGGCAGACAGGCAGGCAGACAGACAGACAGACAGACAGACAGACAGACAGACAGGCAGGCAGGCAGGCAGACAGACAGACAGACAGACAGACAG